GGAGGGUCAAACUUGCUUUCCCUGUAUGUCACAUCAUAGUUGUGGUUACCCUCAGGGGGCCGGUUAUAACAGUCAAACCAGUGAAAUGUAAUAGGUCGUUACGGUGCACCAAAAAUCAUGUUACAUACAGUACUUUGGGUUUCACAUUUGGUCCAGUAAUUGAACAAAGUCCCAAAACUAAUAGGGAAAGAUUUAAUAACAUAUAAAUGAAACAUCAACAGCUUAAUUCUUUUCUCUUUAGGAAAGUGCAACAUCAGUAUUUGUUCAAAUAGUUAAUAAAAAUAAUAUUCAAUCGUCUUGAAAACAAAGAGAAUCAUAAAAAAAGGGAGUUUUAUGUCUCUUCAGUGUUUAGAGUGGCAAGGUACAGAGGUGUGUGCCCCAUUUAGAGAGAACAGACUUUGUUUCUUUUCUGUGGUCUGUAAAACCACAGACAUAGGAGAGUUAGCAAGGCAUCCACAUCAUACAUCUAUCAUGUAGUAUACCGCUGGCUUCGGGCAGAAUCCUCGCAUCUCCAAAACCAUCACUUUUGAGGGAAACAAUAAAACAGCAUGUUUUUGAGCCAUUAACACUGUAUCAUCAAAAGAGAGUGAGUCAUUUUCAACACUUUAGAUUGGUCAAUAAUUUGUAAUAAUAAGAGACCCACGUGGAGACUGACCAAUAGUAUCGAUAUGUGAAAUUGACCAAAUUUGGACAUUCGCGGUUUCUGCCCGACAGUGACGAUAUGUAGCAUAGUGAGCCCAAGUAAUAUAAAUCACUGUAUUCAGCAGUUAAAUUACUCAUUAUAAACAAACCACAUUCACAUGAUGUUCAGCAUUUUAUUAGCUAUCUUACUAGCUGGAAUACACGAGCACAGGCUGAUGUGACAUCACACAUGAGUAAAAGAAAAACAAAUUAUAAACCAGUGUUACCCAACAUUUAUUGAGCCAAGCAUCCAUUUUUAUAUUAGAAAAUCUCAUGGCCCACCACCAAACAAAAAGGUCACCAAGAGUAUGAAUACUGAAAUAAUGACAAGCUCAUCUCAAUUUGCUCACAAAUUGACUGAGCCACUGUGAAAUCACCAUACAUUGUUUGCAUGGAUAGAUCAACAAAGAUAUAUUUGUAAUUAAUCAGUCAUAAUUUUUGGACUAAUUAGGUGGAAUCGGAUAAUUUCCCACAGCACGUCUGUUGAUCUCUCACAGCACACUAGUGUGGCACGGCACCCUGGUUGUAAAUCACUGUGCUUAACAAUAAGCACUUAACACAAACAUCAGUAAUUAAUCUCACCUUUUUUACAGACGUUUAUAAAUGUGAGGGAAUACAGGCAAAUUAUAACAGCACAGUUUGACUGUGUGAGCUAUUAAUAGCUGCACGGGAAGAGAAUCAGACAAGUUCAAUAGUAAAAGCAGUGUGAAUUAUUAUGCUGCUAAUGGCAUUUGUUUUUACUUCUGCUCCCUCUGAAGAGCCCAGGAGAGAGAGGCUGCUAAAUGCUGUUGGAAGUUGCAUUUCUACCGCGCUCGUUUUUAUUGGCCACACAGGCUGCGUGAACUGUUUGGAAUGGAAUGAACAUGGAGAUCUGCUGGCCUCAGGCUCGGAUGAUCAACAUGCUAUCAUCUGGGAUCCGUUCAGACUCAAGAAGCUUACGACUAUGCACACAGGCCAUGCAGCAAACAUAUUCUCUGUUAAGUUCCUCCCUCACUCCGGAGAUAGAAUUUUGAUAACUGGGGCUGCGGACACUAAGGUCCACGUGCAUGACCUGACGGUGAAGGAAACCAUCCAUAUAUUUUCUGAUCAUACCAACAGGGUUAAACGCAUCGCCACAGCGCCAAUGUGGCCCAACACCUUCUGGAGUGCCGCGGAGGAUGGCAUCAUCAGACAAUAUGACUUGCGGGAGAGCAGUAAACGCUCAGAGGUGCUGAUUGACCUGACAAAGUUUUGUGGUCAGCUGGUGGAAGCCAAGUGUUUGGCUGUCAACCCACGGGACAACAACUACAUGGCCGUUGGGGCCAACGGUCCCUUUGUACGUCUCUAUGACAUUCGGAUGAUUCACAACUGUAGGAAAUCACUAAGCCAGUACAAGCCAUCUGCUGUGCGCACAUUCUUAGAAAAUCAGAAGCCCAUCCCAGACAAAGCUGUGCAGUAUUACGCUGCAGGUCACCUGUCAGUGAACCUGAGCGACUACAAUAACCGCCUGAGGGUCUUGGUGGCCACUUAUGUCACUUUCAGUCCAGAUGGAACUGAGUUACUUGUCAACAUGGGUGGGGAACAGGUGUAUCUGUUUGACCUGACAUGUAAUCAAAGGCCAUACACUUUGCUGCUUCCACAAACGUGGCAAUCAUCACCAGGAGAUUUGCGGAAUGGGAAGACGAGCAAUGGCGUCUCCAAUGGAAUUCAUUUGCCAGCCAGCCAUAUUGGAUUUACCCAAAGCAAGAUGCAACUGAACUCCACUGAUCUUCCUCCACAUUUGGAAAAGCUCAAACAACAAGCAAAUGAUGCAUUUGCACGGCAGCAUUGGACACAGGCCAUCCAACUCUACAGUUUAGGAAUUCAGCAUUCCAGCUCCAACGCCAUGCUUUAUGGAAACCGGGCUGCAGCCUACAUGAAGCGGAAGUGGGAUGGAGACCACUAUGACGCACUCAAGGACUGUCUAAAGGCACUGACUCUAAACCCUGAACAUCUGAAGGCUCAUUUUAGGCUUGCACGGUGUCUCUUUGAGCUCAAGUAUGUGUCUGAAGCACUGGAGUGCCUCGAUGAUUUCAAAGAAAAGUUUCCGGAGCAGGCGCACAGCAGUGCGUGCGACGCAUUGGAUAAAGAUAUCAAGGCCUUCUCCUCAAAGACAGAAUCAGGAGAAGAGUCCAACAGCUCUCUCCGAUUCCAUUCGUUUAGCUGGAAGGACCCCAUCCUUAAGGAUGAGUUGGUUUUUAGAGAGCAAAGCUUAGACUACAAGCACAGAUACUGUGGUCACUGCAACACCACCACAGAUAUUAAAGAAGCCAACUUCUUUGGAAGCAAAGGCCAGUACAUCGUCAGCGGGUCAGACGAUGGCUCGUUUUUUAUAUGGGAAAAGGAGACGACAAAUCUAGUGCGUAUCAUGCAGGGAGACGAGUCCAUAGUCAACUGCUUGCAGCCUCACCCCAGCUACUGCUUCCUGGCCUCGAGUGGUAUUGACCCCGUGGUUCGAUUAUGGAACCCCAGACCAGAGACGGAGAGUGAAAAUGGACGCGUGGUAGAGGACAUGGAAGGUGCCGCUCAGGCCAACCAGCGGCGAAUGAACGCGGACCCGCUGGAGGUUAUGCUGCUCAACAUGGGCUAUCGUAUCACAGGAUUGCGUGGCGUAGGCCCAGACGGCUCUGACGACGACGACAGCUCAGAUGGACAAGUGCAAUGUAGACCGAGCUAAGACAAGCUGACGGCCAUUCUGUAGAAUGGAAGUAGGAAGCAAUGCGCUGCGCCCGUUUCUGUUUGAGUCCUAAUUUGCCCUCCUUUCCGACAGAGACACCAGGGUAUCACGUCACAUAUCAACACUAUGCAUUGCCCUUAUCCUGUGAGGGCUGGUGGAGAUCUCUGCAGGGGGAGAAAGUCAUAUGAGUGUAGAGAGGCCAUUUUAAACCACACAUGAGCCUCUCAACUCACCCUGUGUUUCCAGGCAGACCUCCCUCAGGUUUAUGUUGGGUGUUUAAGGAGAAAUGCCCAAUGACCUAUUUUCAUGUCAGCGUGGCCCCGCAGUGGCAGUGACCUCGGUGGAGGAUAAUAUCAUGGUUGAAGGUGCUUUGUUGCAUCUCUUGUCUGCCCUCCUGCAGUGUGCGCUCAUUGCAGAAAAGAUGCACCAUCCGGCUUACUGUGUGGAGUACGUCUUUUCAUUUGGAGUUUUUGAAACCUAGAAUGAAAUGUCAUUCUUCUGGUGAAAGUUGCAUGUUGCAAGGAUAUGGAUGAGCUUUGUAUUUAGUUAACAAGCCUGGAAAAAGUUUUCUUCUGCCAAAGUUUGCCCUCCAUCAGUCAAAUGGCCAAGGAUUUGUUCUUUUUUUUUUUUUUUUUUUAGUCCCGAAGGGGGGUGGUUUCAUUUGAUUCGUUUAGUCAGAGUCAAAGUCCUCUUGAUCUCAAAUGCAAUUUAGUGUGAAAAUGUUUUUUGUCUAACUUGGACACGCUAAUUUUGAGGAUAUGAUAAGCCAAGUAUUUGGUGACAACUGUUGUGUCUCUACCACUCAUCCUUGGCUAAUCUUCACUUAGAUGCCCAUAAACUGAAUACAUGUUAAUGAAUGCAAAAGUAGGCUUCCGUGUGUUUUACUUUGUUCAUUGAUUUCAGUUGUUUCUCUUUGAGGACUCAUGUAGUCACAUUUGUUGCAAACAGAGAAAUAAACUUUAAAUAAUCAUUAAAA